AUGUCAGUUGAUUAUGCAUCUAAGCUGUCCUACUAUCCCAACAAAGGAGUUUGUGGUCUACCUGAAGUUCUCGAUGACGAUUCCCAACUAAAUUUUAAACUCACUGAACUUGUUAAUUUGGUACGUCGAUCCACCUACAUAGUUGUGCAUACUGGGGCUGGUAUUAGCACAUCAGUGGGUAUACCGGACUUUCGAGGUCCUGGUGGUGUCUGGACGUUGGAGAAAGUUGGAAAGAAGCCUAAACUUUCUAUACCUUUUGAAAAAGUGAUUCCUUCACUAGCACAUCGAGCUCUUGUUGAAUUGGAAAAACAUGAUGUUGUCAAAUUCUUAGUGACUCAAAAUAUCGAUGGGUUGCACUUGAGAUCUGGCUUUCCAAGAGACCGUUUGGCUAUUCUUCAUGGUGAUAUGUUUCUUGAAUCAUGUAGUGCUUGUGGAACUUUAUACGCUCGAUCAACACCUUCAGGAUCAGUGGGUUUACGGCAGUCAUCAGUUGUAUGCACCUAUUUGAAACCUAAUAAACGGUGUUGCAGAGGAAAGCUUCGUGAUACUAUUCUUGACUGGGAAGAUGAUCUACCACUCUUAGAUUAUAAUCUUGCAAUAGAACAUUCAAAAAAAGCAGAUCUUCAUAUAUGUAUUGGCUCAUCACUACAAAUGUUCCCUGCUGCCGGUCUUCCUCUUACAAAUGUUUUAAUUGUUUUGAGGUCAAUGCAUUCCAAUUUAAAAGCACAAUGUCCAUGGCGUAUUCUCCCUCAUCCAACCAAUAAGCAUUCACUUCUCAUUGUUCAAACUAGUAGUCAGUGCAUGGAACUAAAAACAAAAAAGGAUGAUGAAACGAGCUGUUUUCAGUCUGAAAUUGUUCCAAACGAGUCACGCAGUACUGUUUCAUUUCAGUUGUCUAAAUUAGAAUCAACGUCUUGA